AUGGCCGGCGUGCAGCAGGGCGAGAAGCAGCUCUUCGAGAAGUUCUGGAGAGGCACCUUCAAAGCCGUGGCCACGCCGCGACCCGAGAGCAUCAUCGUGGCCAGCAUCACCGCCCGCAAGCCGCUGCCCAGUGGGACGCUCGGCUGCCUGCCGUACCCUGCGGAGGACAGACGGCCCGAGAAGCUGAGCAGCUGCGUGGUCAGGGAGCCCGCCAGCACCAAUGGCUGUGCCAAGGGGAGGCACAGACGGGACCAUGCCCACCGCAGGUCACGCAGCCCUUCGUGCGAUGGGGAGCGGCCACUGCCGGCUCGGGGGAAGAAGAAGAAAAAGAAAUCUGGCCGCAAGAAGAGAAGGAGGUCUCCCUCCUACAGCCCUUCACCUGUGAAGAAGAAGAAGAAGAAAAGCUCCAAGAAACGAAAAAGAAACAGGUUGUCGUCGAAAAAGAGAAGGCACAGUUCUUCAAGCCCCAAAAGUAAGAGAAAGGAAGAAAGAAAACACAAAAAACACUCUCGUGGGCGCAGCCGGAAAUCCCAUCGGCAUCGCCGCUGCCACUCUCGCUCAGAGAGCUCCGACUCCCACUCCCCCAGCUGCCGGAGCAGGCACAGAGCCAGGUCUCGGGAGGAAGGGCGUAAAACACGGCGAAGACACUCCUGGCACCAUUCAAAGAUCUCGGCAAAGAGAAGCUCCUCUGCAGAGGUUCAGGCCAGUCAAAAAGCCAGCCAAACCCUCCCACUCUACAGCUUCCUGUCUUCUAAGGAAGUAAUCUCUCAGUCAGGGUCUUCUGCUGACCUCUUUACCAAAACAGACAGCCCGCCUGGCAACCUAGCCAGCCAGAAUGGAGAGUAUCAUGAAUAUGACUCAGGAAACGAUACUUCCUCCCCUCCCUCCACUCAAACGAGCUCAUCCAGGUCAAAGGACAGCCAGGAGAAAAGAAGUCUAGUCCAUGAUGGCUUUGGCCAUGCCUUCUCGUCCGGGAAGCCCAAACUGGCCAACAGCGAUAACAGCUCUGAUUCAGGAAAUUCCUUCACCAGUUGCUUUUCCCAGACCAAGGGAACAGCUUUGGAAAAUCUGUCUCCAGAUGCCCAGGGACAAGACCGAAGAGCGUGCCUACCCUCAUGUCUGGGCUCCUCGGAGGAGAAGAAGCGAGCCUUGCAGCCCUCGGCAGCGCGCAGCUCCCCACGCAGGCCUGGCUCCCGCAGCGCCUCCCGCAGCAGCACGGGCCGCUCCUCCCCCGGCUCCAGCCGCUCCCGCUCCUCGCACCACAGGGCCUCUCCCAGCUCCUCCCGAAGCAGGUCCUGCUCCUCGGGAAAGAGGUCUUCCUCACGUUCCCCCAGCUAUUCCUCCAAAUCCUGCAAAAAAAGUCCUGGGAGUAGAAGUUCAAGGCCUCGCCGGAGCCCCAGUUACUCCCGCUACAGCCGUAGCAGGGACCGCGAGCGGGAGCACAAGUACAGCUCCAGCGAGAAGGAGUCGCACCGGGACCGGCAGCGGCAGCGGCGGCGCCGCUCCUAUUCCCCCCUGAGGAAACGCCGGAGAGACUCUCCCAGCCACCUCGAAGCUCGGCGCAUCACAAGUGCCCGCAAACGCCCCAUCCCCUACUACCGUCCCAGCCCCUCCUCCUCCAGCAGCGCCGGCAGCUAUUCCUCCUGGUACAGCAGCUUCAGCCGCUCCCCGAGCCGCAGCCGCAGCUACUCCAGCUACCGGACGAGCCGGAGCCGAAGCUGGAGCAGCAGCCGGAGCUCGGGCCUCAGGAGCAGCCGCAGCAGGAGCAGGAGCUAUGACUCAGGAGCCAGCUCCGACAGCCUGCGUCGUUAGGGAGUGCCACUGCUGGCUGACACCGGGUGCCGGCGUCACCGCCACAUUCCUGGCAUUCUCCGCUUCCUUCCCACCUACCUGGCCAUCGAUAGCAAUCAUCCCCGAUACUGACGCGGUGGCAUUGCCGGGUCCCCCUUCCCCGGUUCGGAGUAAGAGCCCUGGAGCGCCUGGUGCAGCCCCUCCGCCCCAGCGCGGAGCGGGUGGGUCAGUCCCAGCUCCCCAGGCCAGGCUGGAAGAAGGGUCGGUGCUUUAGAAAGGGUCUGUCACGACAGACCUGCUCCAUCCUCCCCGAUGCUCCCAUCUCCCCAUUGCUACUGCUCUCCAAAGCACUACCAGCAGGUCCAAAGGAAAGAACUCUGCUCCUUGCUCUUCUGACAAACCAGGAACCAACAAUUUAACUUCUGCUGGAGAGACAGACCCAGUUGGGGAGGAGUUUGCUGGAAAGCUUCGGUGACAGGUGGGGGGAUGGCUGUCUCCACCAAGGCAAAUACCAGGUCCUUUGGGUCUCUCCUCCAGAGCUGCUGCCCACUCUGCAAAGAAAAUAUUUAUUUUUUGCCAGUCAGCCAGUCCCUGCUAUAAAUAGAAGGCUAGAAAUCCCUCCCAAUGUACUUCCUGGGGAAAAAAAUGGCUCUUUGCUCUUUCUCCUGCCCUUUCCUACCAGGUAGCAGUGUUGUUUUAUCCCCCCAGCACUGAAUUGCUUACAAACCCCCUGCUGAGGUCUGAAGCAGACCUGGGGCUGGUGGGGUACAAGGCAGAGGGGAGGUGGUGCUGUGCUGUGCACUGAGGGUCAGGCCAUGCAGGAGAGACAGGGGCCAUGGGCUUCUCCUCAUGGAGAACAGGUUGGGUUUAGGAUCUUCAGGGAGCAUUGCCCUUGGAGUGUGUUGCUGGUGGGACCAGAGGGAGGUGCAGUUGUGGGGUGCAGUCAGAACACACAGGGUUAAAAGGGCAUUGCAAGAGCCAGAGAACCCCAAUUCCCCUUCCUCAAAACAUGCAGCAGUUUGAGGCAGGAUUCCAGGCAAUCAUUCCUCCUUGAGCCCCUCUGGCUGCCCUGGGGCAGGGUCAGCAGCACAGUUGCAGGGCCAGUGCCGGGCUGCAGCAGGAUGCACUGGUGCCCCAGUUUGUUACUGGGAGGCUGGAGCAGUGCAGGGGGACAGGAAGGGCCCCCCACUAAUUGCCUGUUUUGCCAGGGAGCCACAGGCUGCCCUGGGCCCUGGGGUUUUGUCUCCCUGCCAGCCCAGCUGCCUGCGCAAUUACUGUGUUUUGCUGGGUAACAAAGGCUUCUCCCAGCACAGGCUGAACUGGUGCUGAGGAGUUUAUUUCUCUUACAACACCUGGGUGCUUAGAGACGCUAAUUUGGGCUUAAGAUUUCCCUCCCUCCCUUUUUCCAUCCCCUCCCCUUCCAUCCUGCAUGAUUAUUAACGAGUUUGGGCUUAAUGAGUCAAGGAGGUGUGUGUUGUUUAAGUGUUACAGAAAAGGGCUGAGUGCAGCCACCAUCUGCAGGAGGAGAGGGGCUAGAAGGGAAUGCAACCCACCCCCCAGCCCCCAUCUACAGAAUUACCUACAGGCCCCUGGCAGCUGGAAAAGGGACAAAGCAGCAAGGGGAGGAAGGCUGAGUGCCAGGAGCUGCUGUGGUGGAACUGGAUGAUCGCCUCAGCAAGCCUAUAAAUCUGUUAUCUGUAGGAAAGUACAGCAGCGCAGGCAGGGAUUCAAUCUGGGUGGUACAGGAGGAAGUUUUAUGUCAGGGACUCUUUCCCAGGAGCUUUCCUGGUGCUGGUCCCCCUUGUCCUGUGCCUUCAAUGGCCAAAGCUCCCCCUUUUCCCAGACCCUCAUCCCUCACCUUGCUUACUGCAGGCAAUGUGAGGAUGAGGGGGAUGAGGCAGAGAGCUGGGCAUUGGUGUGGUUGGUGGCUUAGUGGGAAUGGGUCCAUCUCUGGAAAGACUUUUCUAGGAUACAGAGAAGUGCUCCUGGUAGGGCUGAGCAAAUGCUCCAGGGAUCAAAGACAGGAUGCCACUACCUUCCCUCCUGUGCUGGCCCCAGCAGCAGCCCCUUGGCCACCUUCUGCAGCAAACUCCCUCUCAAAAGGGCUGAAAACCUCAUGCUUCUUCCCCAAAGAGUCUCUCCCAGUUCGAUGCUGAAAUGCCCCAUCCUUCUGCUCCCUGGGAAGAUCCAAAGGCAGUGAUGGGAACCCAGACCUCCCCAGCUCUACCAGUGUUUCAGGAGCAGCCUCCUGCCCCUUGGCACCCCGUAACGCACACGCGGAGCUGCAGCGAGCCCAAAGAGCCAAAACCAGGAAAGGAAAGAAGAGGGGCAACUGGUGUAAAUACCAAACUCACACUGACUGGAAUCCUUGUGGCUGGGAACAGAUUUUGGAAGCACCACACCAGGGUUGGCAGCAUCCACCCCGUGUGGGUCAGGAGAUGAUCCCAAGGGUUGUGUGGGGCAGCUCCUGCACUCAUCCAGCUGAUCCCUCCAUCAAGGACUGCCUCUGCCUGCACAGUCCGUGGCAGCUAAAUGCUCCUGGGGUUUCCCAAGCAGACUUGCAAUGGAGUAAACCUCUCAAAUUUAUUUAUUUAUUUAUUUAUUUAUUUAUUUAAUAUUAUUGUUAUUCUAUUUUUAAUUGUAUGUCAGAAUGGACCAGUAUUUAUUUAUCCUAUUUUAUCUUUUUUUUCUAACGUUAAGUUAUUUUUGGAUCUGUUUGUUUGUUCAAAUGUAUCCAUGCCGCCGGUCUCGUGUAAAGGUUUACAGCUGUGGCCCCUCUCAGUGAGGUGGCCGGAGGAGUGACAGUCACUCCUGCUGCCACCGUGUCCCUGUGCGCUCUCACGGGACGGACGAAGGAACGCAGGGCAGAGCUGCGUGUUUUCACGUUGGAAUCUCGGGUUUCUCAUUAGAUUUGUGCAGGAAUGCGAUGGGUGUGACCACAGAAACGGGUCUAGGACGUGUCGGAGGUGACGGCGAGGGUCUGCCGGCCGGCCGAGCCGGGGUGUUGGUGGUGCCACCAGCGAAGUGUCGCCUGCGCGGGCGCCGGCCGGGUGCCAGCUGGCCCCGCGCUGUUUGCCUUGGCUCCGCCGCCUGCGCUCAGCCCGAAACCCGCCUGCUCCGCGCAGCCACCGCCGCUUUCCCUGGGAGGAUGCCGUCGCCAGGACUCCCCUGCCGUGUUUAUCCCUGCGCGCUGACCCACCCAUGGGAAAA